GGGUACGCAGCCCUGUCGCCACGCGUGUCCCGCCCGGCGCGGCUGUACCAGGUGGGAGUGGGUGGCCCCACAGGGCACCAUGCCGCUGGGGCAGGAUGGGCCCAGCUGGAAGAAGAGGACCGAGGACAUUCGGCGCAUCUAUGACUUCCGUGAGGUCCUGGGCACGGGGGCCUUCUCCGAGGUGGUCCUGGCGGAGGAGAAGGCGACGCGGAAGCUGGUGGCCAUCAAGUGCAUCGCCAAGAAGGCGCUGGAGGGGAAGGAGACCAGCAUCGAGAACGAGAUCGCCGUCCUCCACAAGACCAAGCACCCCAACAUCGUGGCCUUGGAUGACAUCUAUGAGAGCAGCACCCACCUCUACCUCAUCAUGCAGCUGGUCUCGGGGGGGGAACUCUUCGACCGCAUCGUGGAGAAGGGCUUCUACACCGAGCGGGAUGCCAGCACCCUGAUCCGGCAGAUCCUCGACGCUGUCAAGUACCUGCAUGACAUGGGCAUCGUCCAUCGCGACCUGAAGCCCGAGAACCUGCUCUAUUACAGCCUGGACGAGGACUCCAAGAUCAUGAUCAGUGACUUUGGGCUGUCGAAGAUCGAGGGUUGUGGCAGCAUCAUGUCCACAGCCUGCGGCACCCCCGGCUACGUGGCCCCGGAGGUGCUGGCGCAGAAGCCCUACAGCAAGGCAGUGGAUUGCUGGUCCAUCGGGGUCAUCGCCUACAUUCUGCUUUGUGGUUACCCCCCUUUCUACGACGAGAACGACGCCAAGCUCUUCGAGCAGAUCCUGCGGGCUGAGUACGAGUUUGACUCACCCUACUGGGAUGACAUCUCAGACUCGGCCAAGGACUUCAUCCAGCACCUGAUGGAGAAGGACCCUGGCAAGCGCUUCACCUGUGAGCAAGCCCUGCAGCAUCCCUGGAUUGCUGGGGACACAGCCCUGGACAAGAACAUCCACCAGUCGGUGAGCGAGCAGAUCAAGAAGAAUUUUGCAAAGAGCAAGUGGAAGGGUCGGACUGUGGGUGCCUGCCUGUGA